UUCAAAAAAGACAUUUUAUCAUCAACAAUCCCAAGUCUAAUCAAAAUGAACACUACAAAAGGCAUCCUUGUAAUCCUUACCGGUGUUGUAUCGGCCAGUCUCUGCUUUGCAGCUGAAGUAAAGAAAGAAACAGGCACCCCUUCGGAAUGGGCAACAGCUUUGAAAUCAGCUGACGAAAGGUUGACUAAGGUAUCAGCUUUCCUCAAAGGCCACGAGUCGUACAAAGGCGACAAACUUACAAGUGGCGCAGCCGUCGAUAAGUUCGUCGUUAAACAGGACGAAUUCCACAAGGCUGUAACUGAAUUCGACGGUGUGAAGAAGACACUAGAUGACAAGGGCAAGGGUGAGCACAAGGCUGAAACUGCAGCCGUUAUUGCCAGUGGUGUGAAGGCUGUCGGUGUUUACAACGAGGCUUACAAACUAUUCGUUGACUCUAUGAUUCCCAUAACUGCCCACAUGGCUAAGACACUUGGUGAAAAGGAACAUUUGAAAUUACUGAAAAACUUUGAGUUGUCCGUAAAUGCUGGAUUCAAGUUUUUAGCCGGUUUAAUCCCUCUUGCUGCAGCAAUAGUUGCUACUUUUUAAGCUAGUUUAAUAGUGCGUCCAACUGAUGGAUUCAUCAUGGGACGAGCAAUCUAUGACAGCAAAAUGGAUUAGCAUCGAGUGCAACAACUAUCGAGACCAUUAUACUCCGUACAAUCAAGUCUCGAAUUUUUAUAUUUA